AUGCAAGGCAAUAACAACACUGGUAACAAUGAUGUUCCAGCAGAUGUCAGACCAUAUGACAUUCUAUGUGGUAGAAGCAAGACGUGUUUCAACAACAUUGGAAACCGUCGCUUUCGGAUUACCAUCAGUAUGAACCUGAAGAAAUAUGAUUCACUUCCCAACCGCACGGAACGGGGAAAGUUCAUUUUCACCUUGGCGCAGACGCUUCAAGAAGAUGCUGGAUUUCGCUUCGUUCGCAUUUCCAAAAAGAAUGGUCGAGUGGAACUCACCAAUGAAGAAAUUAGAGCCAAGAUUGGACAUGCGCUACGAGACUUGUCCAAAGCACAGGCAGAAGCCACCGUGGCUGCUGCCAAGCCUGCGGAAGAAGCCAAGAAAUUCAUGUCGUCCACAGCAGCAUCCAGAACUACAUCCCCAACAACUACGAAAGAGCCGUCUGCUGCUGCUUGCAAUAAGAAGGUUGCCGUCAUUACUCCUCAGCUACCACAACGCCAAGUUUAUGUGGCGGGUGCUGCCGAUGUUGAUGAUAUCCGUAAGGAGAUGAUGAUGGUGGUGGACUCAUCCUCCUCCUCUCGCCAUAUCUCUGUAGAACCAUCAGCAUCAUCGCAUCAACAGCAACAGCAACAUCAAGUAAUAACUUCGUCGUUGAUCAUUGAGGACGAUGAAAUCUCCGAAAUGACCCAAGAUAUCCCGAUCACUUUGCCGCAACAUGAAAUGAUGAUGAUGCUUCCUGAUUGUUGUGGGGAAGCACACAAUAAAUUGCAACCCAUGAAAGUGCAAGCCCUCAAGCCGGCUCCCAUUCACACCAAGGUUGCAGCAGAAGUCAUUGGGGAUGAUCAUUAUUGCCUCAUGCCACUUCAAUUUGAUGAAAAAUUGAACAAAAACCAAAUCUUGUUGGAACCUGCCUCGAAAUCAACCUUUGACGAUGAUGAUAAUAACCUUUUCAUCGUUGAUAGCGGUAGCAACAGCAGUUUUGAAGGUGAAUUUCUACGAAGAUGCUCCCUUCAUUAA